AUGCCCUACUACGUUGUUCCCUUAAUUUUGACUCUGGUUCUCAUUAUGGAAAGCAAAUGUGACAGUCCGCGAAGGUUUGGUUCGGUGAAUUUUUCUAUGAAUAAUUGUUCUGCAUCCAUUGAGAUCCUAAUUGGGUCAAACUAUAGCAAGUGGGAACAAGAUUUGGACUUCUCUUUGAGAAUUGCUGAUCUUGACUUAGCUUUGCGUGAGAGUAAGCCCACAAUUAAUGCAGACAACACACCUGAACAAAAAGAGCGUUUAGCUCAGUGGGAGAGGUCUGACAGGUUGAGCCUAAUCACUAUCAAGAGAACAGUCUCUGAACACCUUUUGAGUGGUCUUCCGGAGAAAGGUACAGCCAAGGAGUUUCUCACUGCUUUGGGAGAGAGGUACCAAGUAUCUGAUAACGCUGAGUCUAUAUGUCUAAUGAAACAGUUGACAAACAUGAGAUAUGACAAUGUUGGAGGUGUAAGGGAGUUCAUUAUGAAGAUGGUCCACGUUCAAACCAAGCUGAAAUCUCACCACAUUGACCUUAAUGAAGAAUUUAUUGUUGAACAUGCCUUAAAUUGCCUAUCUGCUUAUUUUACCCAAAUCAAAACUGCCCAUAAUACCAUUGGUGCAAAUUAG